GAAAAACAUCUCGACCUGACAAUAUUCUUUCCCACUUAAGCUCCUAUAACGGGAAAAUUAUCAAACUGCUCCCUGGAGGAAUCAGGAUGGAAAUAAUUUCCAUACUAUACAGAUCAAAUAAAGUCAGUCGACCUACGGUUUAGCACCCCGAGCCAGUCUGCUUUGCCUUCUCCUGGCAACCCUGCCACGGGUCACCAUGGUUACACAUGUGUCACGUGACUAGCAACAUAAACAAUUUUCCAGGGAGCUAACGUUACGAGCGACCCAUCUUCAGUGAGAAUCCUGAGGACCACCACUGCUAAGGUCAGCCCCGAGCCCACUGCUCCCACCCUGGUUUCAGAGCCUGAAGUUGCCGCCAGGUGUGUGUUUGGUGUUGCCUUGGAAACACUGAGAGAGGACAGGCAGAUGGUCAGUGGAAUACCCCUUGUGCUAAGAGACAUGGUGGAGUAUCUGGAUAAGAAUGGAAUGCACCACAGAGGACUGUUCCGUCUGUGUGGCUCAGUGGUGCGGACCAGGCAGCUGAGGCAGCGGUGGGACCGGGGAGAGAGGGUGGAUUUAGAGCAGGAGGAAGAUGUCCCCACUGUGGCCUCGCUCUUUAAACUCUUCCUUCGGGAGCUGCCCACCCCCAUAGUUCCCGAACCCCAGCGCAAACAGCUGGUUAUGAGCCUCACAGGAUAUGCAGACGAGACAGAGAUAAACCAGUCUCUGAGAGAAAAUCUUUGCCACCUCCCUGAUGACAAUCUCAUCAUUUUGUCUUACCUCAUCCACUUCCUGUCCAGAGUGGCUGCUCACAGCCAAUCAAAUCACAUGCCUGUGGAAAAUCUGGCAACCAUCUUUGGGCCUUGCAUAUUCCAUGUUGCAGCAGGACCCAGGAUGCUGGAGGAGCAGAGUGUGUGUAAUGCCCUGUUGCUCCAUCUUCUCCGGCAUCAGAAGGUUCUCCUUUCAAUCCCAGCCGAGGACACAGUGGCCUCCUCGAUUGCCUCCUCCUCACCCCCUCCUCCUACUCUCUCUGCUUUUUCAGACUUUGAGGUCCGACCCAGCAGCUGUCACUCAGAGCAGAGUAGUGUGGAGAGGGUGGAGGGUGAGACCACAUCAGUCUCAGCGACCAGUGCUUUUAACCAAACAAUAGGGAUACAAUCCCAACUCAACAGUCCUGACACACUGCCGCAGGGUUGUGAAACCAACUCUGACGUCAGCACUGACAUUCAGAAGCUGAUUCCAGACCAGGAGGCUUUGGAGGAGAGCAGUGACAGUUCAGAGGCAGGCUGUGUGCCCUCCUGCCCCACUGACCCAGGGCCAGAGCAACAUUCGCUAAAAAGCAGACCAUCUCAAAGCACCCAGGGGGAGCCACCAGAGUUGGAGUGUACCACACAAGGCAGGACCUUUUCACAAUACAAGAUGCCACCAUUCACCUCCACAUCAAAGGAAAAAAAGGAAGAAGUAGAUGAGGUACAGAAUAGAAGGGCACCUUCCUCACCCAUCAGAGAUGACUGUUCAACGGCUUCCACAGAUGCAGGGCAGACAUCAUCUAUUUCAGACUGCUGCAUAGUGAAUAAAUUACAGAAAAAAACCCAAACACAGAUGCAGCACACACACAGCAUGCUGUGCUGCAUGGAGUACACGACAGAAGACAAAAGCACAGUGUCUGAGUGGAAGGGGAGAAGAGGAGGAGGAUGCAAUGAUUGCAGAGGCAGGAACAACAGCUAUGACAGCCCCUCCCUCAAGCUACAAGCCCUGGAGGCUGACUUGGGACCCCUAGAAACACCAGUAGACCCCCAAGCUCAGGAUAAUCUACCUGCCCAGCAACAGCCUCUUUCUACUCAAGAGCAGAACCUGUAUUUGACCCACAAGCUGCUCCUUCACUUGCCACAGUCACCAGCAGCUCAGGAUCAGCACACGGUUGACUCAUCACGGCCCGUACACACCCCAUCCCCUCAUUCAUCAGAGUCCAGUCCUGUCCUCUCCACUGCCAUUAUUUCUGAGGGGAUUUCAGGAAAUGACACCCUGCCGAGCCCACCAGGGCCUAACACAAGCCCACUCCUCUCCCGUUUUUCGACCAGCGACUGCCCCGUUCCCUCGCCACGCUGCCCCAACCUCAGUCACAGCCUGCGCUACAACCUAGACCCUGAUGCAGCCCCUUCUCCACCAUGCUCACAGCACAUAAACAUGGCUCGCAGUAGUGUCCAUACAGAGCCAGACGAGGGCUCUGUGUCCAUCUCAAUGCUCAACAGACACAUUCACACCCUGAGGAAGAGGAUCCGGCGUUUUGAGGAGUGUUUUGAACAGGAGAAGCACUAUAAGCCGGCCCACAACGACAAGACAGCACAUCCAGAGGUGGCCAGACUGAUGAAGGAGCUCAUUAAAAGUCGCAAGCAGCUUAAAGAGCUGAAGCUGAGACAAUCAGAAGAAGGGGGGCUGAGAAGGCAGGGAGGCUUCAACCCAUCAGCUGAAACAUGCAGGAACAAUUUAGACCAGAGGGAGGCAGCGCUAACAGAGACUGAGCUGCAGCAACUUAACAACAACAGCAACACCAAGCCAAAUGUGGAGGAAACAGUCAACAUUAUAAACAACAGACUGAAGGAAAGACGACGAGACCUGGGCCUGCCUGAGAGCAUUAAGGAGAUGUCCCAUUUCCAGAUGACUAUGGAGAAGACCAGCCUGCAGAAGUGUUUGCUCUACUUUGAGAAUCUGCAUGGACGACCAAGUACCAGGCAGGAGCGGACUCUGAUGAAGCCAUUCUAUGAUCGGUACCGCCUUCUCAAGCAGCUGCUCUUUUCUUCUGCUGCUGCAACAGUCAUUACGACUAUUGAGGAAGAGGAGGGCUCUGAUGAAGAGCAUCCCAAACAGCGAAGCUCCAGGCCGCAGCCACUCUGGCUGAAAUCUCCCAGGUGUGUGUCUUCAGAUGAGUUGCUGCAUCUGCCUUCCCUAGAGAUGUCUGAAACACCUCUGGUGUCCCCGCUGGAGGAGGUGAAGGGGCUCCAGCCACAGAUCAUCACCAUGGCAACACUGCAUGAAGCUUCCAGACCAGAAUUACUGGAUCACCUAAGGAUAGCACGAUUAGAGAAGCGGAGGCUUCACCAAGCGCUCCGAGAGUUUGAGCACCAUUUCUACACACAGACCGGCAGGGCUUGUCAGAAGGAGGACCGUGGGCCGAUGGCGGAGGAGUACUGCCAGUAUAAGAACCUCAAAGCGAAGCUUCGUCUACUGGAGGCCCUGCUCAGUAAACAACAGGACUCAACCAACACCAGUUGAGUUAACUCACAGUGGGACUUUUAUCUAACGUAACAGGACUCGAUCAUUUCUGAAAAAUCAGGUUGUGAAGCUGGUGGGUCUGUUCUUGUUUCAUGCCAUGUUUAUUAUGUUUAUGCACUUUACAUGAAGAAAACUGAUGGAAAGUGGUGACAGUCUAAAUGCUGGGCAACUGCAGAGUUUUUUAUUCCCAAAAACACAUCCCUUGUCAUUCAUGACGCAUCUUAUUAUAAACCUGAUGUAGCAAGUGUAUUUUAUGUAGCACUAAUUUAUGUCAAGCAUGAAGAGCUGUAACAACUUGAUGUUAUUACAUAUUAGUAAUUUUAGGAUUACUGUACGUAUAUUAUGGCACUUUGUUACUUGCUUUUUUCCCGUGCCAAAAUACUAAUAGGACAGCUUUGUUCAUAGUUAAUGUGGAAACUGCAUUUUUAAAAAGUGCUAUCUUGGCAAAAAAGGUGUAAGCUUAAAUGCAAUCAAUGAGACAAUCCUGUAGUGUUUGUGUAUGUCCAUUUUUUAGUCCUACAUUGUGCUAUGAUAUGCAUUAAGAAUUUCAUGGUUGAACUAAAUCGUUCAAUUUAUAUAUUCACUUUGGAAAAUAUGUGAACGUUGGCGAACGUUGGCAUUGUAGUGCAAGUUUUAUCUGCUGUCAAAUUUGCGUCUAC